AUGAAAUUCAACUUUUUGUAUGAACAUGUUGAAGAGUAUGAUGAACACCUUGAGCAUGAGUAUGAACAUAUGUCUGAGAGUGAAGAGGCCAGUGAGUAUGUUUGUUCUGAAGAGGAGAGUUCCCAGACAGAUAGUUUUGUAGAAGGGCUUAUAGAAGCUAGGAUGGGAGUGCAUGAGGGUGAGAUGGCUGGGCCAUCAGUAGAGUCUGGGUCAGAGGCAUAUAGGAAGAUGCAGAAGAAGUAUAAAGUGUUAGAAGCCAAUGUUGAUCGGGUUCUAGCCUUGGCACAUACACCGGAGGUGGGCUCGAGCAAUCAGACAUCACCAUCAGAGUCUGUGGGUAUAGCCAUGGUUUCAGCUUCAGAGGGGGUGGACAUCCGGGUUGGUGUCCCGUUGGGAAAUCGGAAUACACUCACAGAAGCCAAGUUGGUUGAGCUUCGGACAGAUUAUAGUGUGCCAUCCUAUGUGGGCCUGAGGUUACCUAGUGCUGCGGAUGUAGUGAGAUAUCCUCCGGAGGGUUCAGUGAUGAUAUUCACCGAUAUGUACCAGCAUGGUCUCAGACUGCCAUUUCAUCCCUGGGUACAGAUGAUGCUGGCCAAGUUGGGGUAUGCGCCGGGGCAAUACAAUCCCAACUUUUGGCUACUUCUUCAUGGAGUUUACAUUGCUUGGUGGUUGGUUGGGUUGGGGGAGCCAACAUUUGAGCAGUUUAUGUACCUGUAUUCGAUCUCCAAGCAACAGGGGACCUUUGGCUGGGUACAAGCCAAUUGCCGGAAGGCAAAGGAGAGAGGUUACUUUAUUGGGCAUAAGCCGAGUACGCAGAAGUCUUGGCGGAACAGGUGGUGCUUGGCCUAUGGUGAUUGGGAGUGUCCUCCAGGGAAGACCGUCUCCAGACAUAUUCCAACCCACUUCCAGUCGAUAGGUUCGGUGAAGUGGGGACCGAUCUCCAAGGAGCGAGAAGACGAGGUUGAGAGAGUGAGGUCACUGUUGUCGGAGACCCAGCGUGAGCGUAGAAACUUAGUCACCCAGAAGAACCUGUACGAGUCCGGACUCUUGCAAGGGAGUAAUGGCAGGGAUCAUAAGGGGGGAGCACGAAGGUGGCCAUGGAUCUGGAUGAUCCCGAGAUGCAGAAAACGGCUGAGGGAGUCUCGGGCCAAGAAGGCAGAGAAGGGAGGUGCCCAACAGGCUGCUGGGAGGCGUUCCAGAGAUGAUGAGGGCCUAGUCUCUGAUGUGCUGGGAAAGAAGAGAGCGCUGGAGGAAGCUCACCGGAGCGUGAUGGGGACAGGGCCGAGGCUUCCUCCCUUUGACCCGCAGGCGCCGCCGAAGCUCCCCUUUGGUAUGGAUGAUGUUUACGCCGAGGGGGUAGAGAAGGUGGACUUCUCUGGGCUGCGUCGGCAGAAGAAGGAGGUGAACCUGGCCAUGCAUCGGCAGGAGGUUCCCUUGGUGAACGUCUUCCUGGAAGGCGUGAAGAGUGACCCAGAGGUUCUGGCGAGGACCCCGGCUACCUCCUAUGCAGAUCGGGCCCAGAAGACGCUCCUGACCCAGGCCUAUGCUUAUGGUGAGAUGUACGUGAAUAUGGCCAAGGCAGAUAAAGAGAUCCAGAGGUUGAAGAGGCGCAAUGAGAUGGCCAAGGAUAAGGUAGCGGAGGCGCAGGAGGCCAUCCGAGAGAAGAACACCCUGGUGCUGCAGAAAGCGGCGAUGGCCAAGGAGAUGGAAGAGCUGAAGCGGUCGAGGGCCGAGGAGGUAGCUGCUGCCCGGGUCGAAGCGAUCGAGUCGUUUCGGGGUUCGGAUGAGCUGAGGAACUACAUCAUGGAUCAGAUGGUGGCGAUGCAGCUGGGUUGGGAGGAGAGGGUGGCGAUGUUCAACCCUUCAGUGGAGAUUAACUUUGACACGAGUGGCGAGCCUCCCUCAUCUAGUCGUACCACUGAUGUCGUUCCAGAGCCAGAGCCAGAGCCAGCCAUUACGGAUGCUCCAUCGACUGAGUCCUGA